AUGACCCCCAAAACCACCAUCCACGGCGUCCUCGUCCACCGCACCCCCACGCCCACCCACCCCAAAUACCACUUCCACCCACACCCCAUCCCCGCCGCCUCCCUCCACCCGGGCACCUUCUCCCCGCCCAUCCCCUUCCUCACCGCCAUGCUCCCCGCCGCCUGCGGCCUGCACAUCCUCUACACGCAGCCCCCCACCCCCGCCACCCCCACAAGCACGCACAUCCCGCUCGACUUCCGCUCCUUCUUCUUCGGCUACUGGUCGCUCAACCUGCGGCAGCACCCCGCGCUCACCUCGCGCAUGGUGUUCUUCCGGCAGGACCUGCGCCCGCUGGAGCCGCGCCAGUGCGCGGUGCUCUGGGCGUUCUGUGAGUGCGUGGUGCGGAGCAUCUACGCGGACGUGCUGGAGCUGUUUCCGUGGGGCGGGGCGUUUGGGUGCGGUGAUGGAGGAGGGGGGGCGGCGGCGAUGGAGGAGGUUGUGGUGGCGGGGAUGCACAGGCUGUGGGUGCAGAGGGCGGGCGUGGAUUGUUUGUAUGCGUGGGGGAGGUGGCAUCGGAAUGAGAAGCUGCUGAGGGGGCGGGAGGAGUGGAGGGGCGUGGUGAUGUUGUAUGAUGAUGGUGAGAGGUAUGGGGGGGCGUGUUCUGGCAAGAGGUGGUGUACGGCGGGGUGA